AAAAAAAUUAGCCAAUUGGUUCCGAUCGGGUCGGGUUGUUGAAGUGAGAAACAGAGCUAAGCUGACAUAGCUUGCAACUUGCAUGUUGAAGUUUUGCCGUUAAUGGCUUCCUGCACUUUCGUGAACUCUUGGUAUUCACCACAGGUUGCUCCAAUUUUAGGUUUCAAACAAGUUAGGAUUUUGACUCCUCUGUUUUCGGAUUUGGAUAGAAAGAAUCAAAGGCACGUUUUUUUGAACAUGCAGCACUCCCAGUGUGUUUCUGGGAUCGGGAGUGGAACCACGCAGAUUUCUGACGCCAAAAUUCCGCAUGUGCUCACUGUCGCCGGCUCUGAUUCAGGGGCCGGUGCCGGAAUCCAAGCGGACCUUAAAGCUUGCGCCUCCCGCCAUGUCUUCUGUUCAACUGUCAUAACGGCUGUUACUGCACAAAACACUGUUGGAGUCCAGGGAGUGGAGAUAUUGCCUGAUGAUGUUGUGGCUGAGCAAUUGAAGUCUGUGCUCUCUGAUAUGCAUGUUGACGUGGUCAAAACUGGAAUGUUGCCUUCCCUUGGUGUAGUGAAGGUCCUAUGUCAGAGCCUUAGGAAAUUUCCAGUGAAAGCUAUUGUGGUUGAUCCUGUCAUGGUAUCUACCAGUGCAGAUGUACUUGUCGGUCCUUCUGUUCUUGCUGGAUUUCGGUAUGUGUUUUAGAAACUGAAGUAUGAAACAUCCUAGGACAGGGAGGCAUCAGUCUUACUUGGUGAUGUGCCAUUGAAAUCAGUUUCUGAUAUGCGUAGAGCUGCAAAACUGAUACAUGAUAUGGGUCCGAGGAAUGUACUCAUCAAAGGUGGUGAUCUUCAUGCUUCAUUAGAUGCUAUUGAUGUUUUCUUUGAUGGUGAGGAAUUUUAUGAGCUGUGUUCAUCGCGUGUAAAAACCUGCAAUACACACGGUACUGGUUGUACUUUGGCAUCAUGCAUAGCAGCAGAGCUGGCUAAAGGAUCGUCAAUGUUGUCAGCAGUUAAGGUAGCUAAACGUUUUAUUGAGACUGCCUUGGAUUACAGUAAAGACUUGGUCAUUGGAAAUGGACCCCAAGGACCUUUUGACCCUCUUUUGGCACUUAAGAAUAUCAAUCGAAGUUCUUAUAGGCAGGAGAGGUUGUUUAAUCCAAAUGACUUGUUAGUAUAUGCUGUAACGGAUUCAAACAUGAAUAAGAAGUGGGGUCGCUCCAUUGCUGAAGCCGUUAAAGCUGCUGUAGAAGGAGGUGCUACCAUCAUUCAAUUAAGGGAAAAGGAUGCUGAGACAAGGGAGUUUAUUGAGUCAGCCAAAGCAUGUCUUAAAAUAUGUCAUUCCUAUGGAGUACCUCUACUUAUAAAUGAUCGCAUAGAUGUGGCCCUUGCUUGUGAUGCUGAUGGUGUUCAUGUUGGUCAAUCUGAUAUGCCUGCACGUCUUGCUAGAAGGCUCCUAGGCCCUGAAAAGAUUAUCGGAGUAUCAUGCAAGACACCGGAGCAGGCCGAACAAGCAUGGAUCAAUGGUGCUGAUUACAUUGGUUGUGGUGGUGUAUAUCCCACCAGCACAAAGGCAAACAACCGCACCAUAGGCUUGGAUGGAUUGAUGGAGGUAUGUAAGGCCUCUAAACUUCCUGUGGUGGCAAUUGGUGGCAUUGGUCUUUCAAAUGCUCAUGAUGUCAUGGAACUUGGUCUACCAAAUCUUAAAGGUGUUGCUGUUGUUUCGGCUUUAUUCGAUAGAGAAUGCAUUUUAACCGAGACAAGGAACUUGCACUCUGUGGUAAGUGGGGCAGCAUUGUCGGUAAAAUGAAGACAUACGGCAUUCUGUAUAAAAGGAUUGGUUAGAAUAGGGCCCAGUUACUUUCACCUAUAAUGGAACUAAAUAGCUGCAGAAUCUUUAUGGCUCAGGCUAAAUUUGUAAAUGCAGAUUUCAAAAAGGUGAAUGCUAUUGUGCCUUUGACAUUGUGCCUAACUUACCAAAAAAGGCAAAUACAUAAUAUUUAAUGAAUUUUAAAUAUUUUACUUUUUACUUUAAACAUUUUAUUUUUUAUCUUUAAAAACAAGUUAGGCAAUUUAGACACCAUAGUAAAAGGCACCAUAGAACUCACCUUUCAAAAAUAAUGAAACGCAUUAUGAAAGCAUAGUGGGCCAACACAAUAUAUAUAUUUGCAGGUACAUUAAUUGUCCUUGUUACUUGUUAGAUGUCCAUGCCAUUAUAGGUUGAAUAAUGUUGCAGUUUAAUGCAUCCGAUUAUACAUUUUGAAGGUAUAGGGAAG